AUGGAGAGCAGAAACCUCACCUCGGUGACUGAGUUCAUCCUCCUUGGCCUCUCCAGCCGGCCUGAGCUCCAGGUGCACCUCUUCCUGCUCUUCUUCAUUUUCUACCUUGUGAUCUUGAUGGGGAACCUGCUCAUUGUGUUGUUGAUAUUGAGGGAUUCACGCCUCCACACACCCAUGUACUUCUUCCUCACUAAUUUAUCCAGUAUAGAAGUCUGUUUCACAUCCUGUGUGUUUCCACAGAUGCUGGUACACCUCUUGGCAGAGAGAAAGUCCAUCUCCUACUUCCGCUGUGUCAUUCAGUUCUACACAUUCUUGUCCUUUGGCAUUGCAGAGUGCUAUAUCCUCUCAGUAAUGGCCUAUGACCGCUAUGUUGCUAUUCGAGACCCCUUAAGUGGACCCAUAAAUAAGGUGGAGAGCAGCAACCUCACUUCUGUGACUGAGUUCAUCCUCCUUGGCCUCUCCAGCGAGCCUGAGCUCCAGGUGCACCUCUUCCUGCUCUUCCUUAUGGUCUACCUGAUGGUCUUACUGGGGAACAUGCUCAUUGUGUUGCUGAUAUUGAGGGAUUCACGCCUCCGCACACCCAUGUACUUCUUCCUCACUAAUUUAUCCUGUAUAGAAGUCUGUUACACGUCCUGUGUGUUUCCACAGAUGCUGGUACACUUCUUGGCAGAGAGAAAGUCCAUCUCCUACUCCUGCUGUGUCAUUCAGUUUUACACAUCCCUGUCCUUUGGUAUUGCAGAGUGCUAUAUCCUCUCAGUGAUGGCCUAUGACCGCUAUGUUGCUAUUCGAGACCCCUUAAGGUACUCAGUAACAAUGAACUGGGGAAUUUGUGGGAUGCUUGCUGCUGUAUCAUGGUUGGGUGGCUUUAUAUUUUCUUCAGUAGAUACAAUUGCCACAUUCCAGCUCUCAUUCUGCCAUAAUAAUGCCAUCAAUCAUUUUUUGUGUGAAAUGCCUGCCCUACUGCACCUCUCUUGUACUGACACAACCCAUGCAGAGUUGGUAAUGCAUGUGCUCUGCAUCUUUACCCUUUUGUUCCCUAUCACAUUUAUCAUCCUUUCCUAUGUACACAUCAUCAUUGCUGUUCUGAGAAUUCACUCUGCCCAGGGUCGAAGAAAAGCUUUCUCUACUUGUUCUUCUCACCUUCUGGUUGUCACCCUAUUUUUUGGGACUAUAAUGUCUCUUUACUUAAAGCCUAAGUCUCUGUCCUCUCCAGAAUACAAUAAGAUUGUUUCUGUGUUUUAUGAAGUUUUCACACCUGCUCUCAACCCUCUCAUUUAUAGCCUGAGGAAUAAGGAGGUGAAAAUGGCUCUGAGAAAACUUUUGGGAAAACCUGAAAGUGCUUGA